GAGCGAACAGCACGGCGCACCUCUCAGCGGUCUAAGAACUGAGCGGAAGACGUCAGUACUGUUGAACGGAGCAGAAGGUGACUUGAAAGGAAAGAAAAACUUCAAAAAUGUAUCGGGAAAUUCUAACGGUUUUGCUGAUGGUCGCGGUGGCGGUCAGAGGCCUACCUACAAUUAGUAGCGACAUAUGUGACGGCGUUACGGGUAUUGAGUAUCGAUGUGGCAGUUGUUUGCAGCCCGUCGCUUGUAAUGGGGCAACUCCAGUAGUGCUUCCAGUAUGCACUCCAGGCACCGUGUGUGAAGAGGUCUCAACAAAUGCAACACAAUGUGUUCCAAUAGCAUCGGCCUCGGUAUGCAAAUGCGUCAGUGACAUUUGCGACACCCACAAUCCCAUGUACUCUGCCAAGUGCGACGCGGAUGGCAUCAUCACCGACAUAGAAGAUUGUACAGGGGCCGUGACGAACCCCGAUUCUGGAGCCUGUGUGAGCGGCAGCUGCGUUGAUUGUGUCGGCUACGGAUCGGCUGGACCAGAAUAUUUUGUGGUUCCACCCAAAUGUUCCGUUGGAUACCAAUGUAAUAAUGGGGAAGUCAUUAACACUCAUUCAGUGGUUUGCCCAGAAGGGCAGUACGUUACAAAAGCCGGCAUCUGCAGUGACGCGCCCCCCAAACCUUGUGAUUCAGCUAACUUAUGCUCAGUCAAUGAACAAUGCGCUGACCUAACGAACUGCAAUCAGUACUACUACUGUGGUUCCGAUGGGACGCCAAACGGUCACUUCGCGUGCGCUCCAGCCUAUUACUUCGACCCGGUCACACACACCUGCUGGCAGGGAGAUUCUCGUGUGUGCGAUCCAUGGACUCAGUGUGACUUUACUACAAUGACAACCACCACAACAACCACCACAACAACAACAACAACAACCACAACGACCACCGCUGAUCCAGACGCCACAACUACAACAACCACCCAAACUACCACAACAACCAGCCCAAUCACCACAACGACCACCACUCCUACCACAACAACCCCCACAACUACCACCACCACAACGACCCCCACAACGACCACCACCACAACGACCACCACCCCAACAACCACAACAACGCCCAACCCAAUUUUCCCGCCACCAAUUUGCGAUGCAAAUUCAGUUGGCAAUUACCCAUACGGAUCUUGCAACUCUAAGUACUAUGCGUGUCGCCAGGGUAGCGGCAGCAGCUACUAUAUUGUGGUGAUGGAGUGCCCUAGCGGCCAAGUGUUCAGCACCAACGCUAACUACCCCUACUGCGUCGACCCCAGCGCUGAGUACUCUUGUGGCGGCCCAAUAAGCACCACCACAACGACCACCACCCCAAAAACCACCACAACGCCCAACCCAAUUUUCCCGCCUCCAAGUUGCACUGCAAAUUCAGUUGGCAAUUACCCAUACGGAUCAUGCAGCUCCAAGUACUGGUCGUGUCGCCAGGGUAGCGACAGCAGCUACGAGCUGGUGGACAUGAAGUGCCCCGGUGACUACGUGUUCAGCACCGACCCUAACUACCCAUACUGCGUCCACCCCUACCAAGAGGCCACUUGUGGCACUAGAAGUGCUGGCCAUUCAGCGCGGAAGUCGGACCCCAAAUAGGAACUUGAAUGCAAUUGAUAGUAAAUCCCGUCGGUUAAUCUUGAAAUCAAUGCAAAAGUGCCUUUUUGAGUUGAAGAAUUGGCAACAAUGAAAAAGUGUAAUUGAUAUACUUUGUUCUUCGAGUCAUAACUUCAAAAAAUGAAGAUAUUUGCCGAAAAAUUAGCAAAAUUUGUGUAUAG